CUGGCAAGAGGCAGAAGGAGGGAGAUGGCCGCCGACUAGGAGGAAACCUGACCUCACUACUCACUGCUGCACAAUCGGUGACUUUUCUUCAUCACAACACACUGUCACUGCUGAAGCGUGGGAAAUAAACAUCUCGCUUCUGUUCCACGAUGGCGGAACAAAACGCUAACGUCAGAUAUCAGGAGCUGGUGAAUGAGGAGGAGCCGCCUCAGGAGGGUGCAGCCCAGGAUGCACCACCGCCCUACAGCAGUAUUGCUGCAGCAAAUGCAGCCUUCUUAGAAUACAAGGAAGAUGGAAGAUUUCCCAACCCUCCCUCCUACAGCGUGGCCACCAGCCUGCCGUCCUACGAUGAAGCUGAGAGGAACAAAGAGGAGGCUGCCGUCCCCCUGGUCACUGGAAGAGUCCCGGAGGAUGACUUUGUGGCCAGAGAUGACUUUGAAGAUGCUGAUCAGCUGAGAAUAGGAAACGACGGCAUCUUCAUGCUCACCUUCUUCAUGGCUUUCCUCUUCAACUGGAUUGGCUUCUUCCUGUCCUUCUGUUUGACCACGUCAGCGGCUGGGCGUUAUGGUGCAAUCUCUGGCUUUGGCCUGUCCCUCAUCAAAUGGGUUCUCAUUGUCAGGUUUUCCACCUACUUCCCUGGUUACUUUGAUGGGCAGUACUGGUUGUGGUGGGUGUUCCUGGCUCUGGGCUUUAUGCUGUUCAUCAGAGGCUUCGUCAACUACUCCAGAGUGAGAAAGUUGGCUGAUCCCACUUACGCCAAUCUUCCUCGAACAAGGGUACUUUUCAUCUAUUAGAGUGACUGUAGACAGAGACGCAGUGUGAAAAGAAUGAAGUCAACGUGGUGAAGACACAUGAGAAGAAAUGAGCCCCAGAAGUUCCACAUGCAGACGAGCCUCCAUGAAAUAUUCAGGAACUCUAUCAGCUGUUUUACCUGGUUUUGAGCCUUUAUUGUUAUCAUCACACAGACGUCAACAUUACUAGUCCCACAUCAGUGUACUCAUUAGUGUUAUGAAUGUCAAGUGCUAUUUGAAUCUCACUCUGUGACGUAUCAGUGAAGCCUUAUGUCAUUUGAUGGAAGCACACGAGCAUGCGUCCACCUUGCUGCUCUGUCAGCACACAGUCUCAUGUUGGCCACACCUGAAGCUAACAGGUAUCCCAUAAAAGUUCCAUUGCAUGCAGCACACUCGUUAGCUCCAUGGUUAAAUUUGCUACUAUUAGGGACCGUCUGCAGACAUCGUACAUUUUAAAAAGAGGCAUUUUUGUUUUAUUCAUUUGGUUGUAAAUCCUAAAAUUUGCAACAGGGCAGUACUUUCUUCACCUGUUGGCUUUAAGUAGUUAUGCUCUAAUUAGCCACAAGGGGGCAGUAGAUUUCUGUCUCUCCAGGGCAUUAGUAUUCAUGAUUACAUACAUGCUUGCAUUAGUAGAGCACAUUUUACAACAACAUAUAGGGUUAGGCGCAUAUAUACAAUAUUUCAUGGUAUUUAUGUUAGGUUAAACUGUAUUUCCAGGAAAAAGAGUUUAAGUUACAGAUAUGAUUACAGGUUAUGUUGAAUUUGUAUUAUUAUUGUAUAAAAUUAAAAGCUGCAAACGUCAACUGAACUCUUAGCAGUAGCUUCAUGGAUGUUUUCCCUGUAUCUAAGCACAUUUUCUGGAUAAAGAACUUGAUAAAUGUGUAAAACAACUAUGACCAACAUUAAAAUACAGUCGUCCAACUAAGCACAGCAUGCAAAGAAGAUUAAUUUAGACCUAAUCAGACUAUUUAUGAGCCAAAGACACAUUGAAGUAGUACUACAAACUGGCACUUCAGUUCAUAGCUUACUAAAGUGCCAAAAACCUAAAACAAACAAAACAAAAAAUAAUAUUCCUCACCAUACCCUUAGAGGGAGCUCAAACACCACCAGUGGUACACAUACCUCAAUUUGAGAACCACUGAUUCAACUACAGCAUUUCACUGUCAUCAUCUGAAGUUAUAUAAAGUAAACUCUUUUUCCAUCAGGGAUCGUUGCCUUAAAUGUAAUAAUUUGAAGGUGGCUGGAGGACUUUUUUCUUCUGCUUUUUAAGGUCAUAUAGGUGUUAUAUCUUCAUUCUAGAAUCUAGUAACAAAGCUGAUAAAACCCACAGGAUGUUCCUGUCAUGUCUCACAUAGCUGAAAUGAAUGCUGCAUCGGUGCACGUUUAUUUAUUCAUUUUUCUCAGACUCUGAAGGGGGGGUUACGCUUUCGUCACCAUUUAAUCAUUCUCUGUUAGCCUUUAACAGCUAACGUCAUAAUUAUGCGAUGCUUUGAUUGAACUAAUUUCUGCCUGUUCCUGCGUGAUGUAGAACUGCAGCCUUGAGAUUAUGCGGUUAUAAACUUGUACAGAAAAUGUGUAGUGUUUAAAUAAAUGUCACUUUUAAAGAG